AUGGGACUGGGCCAUGAGCAAGGAUUUGGAGCUCCCUGCUUGAAAUGCAAGGAUAAAUGUGAAGGAUUUGAGCUUCAUUUCUGGAGAAAAAUAUGCCGCAACUGCAAAUGUGGCCAGGAGGAGCAUGAUGUCCUCACAAGCAAUGAGGAAGAUAGGAAAGUGGGAAAACUCUUUGAAGAUACAAAAUACACAACCCUUAUUGCAAAGCUGAAAAAUGAUGGCAUCCCCAUGUAUAAGCGUAAUGUAAUGAUCCUGACUAAUCCAGUGCCAGCAAAGAAGAAUAUAUCCAUCAAUACUGUCACUUACGAGUGGGCUCCUCCUGUUCAGAAUCAGACACUUGCUAGACAGUAUAUGCAGAUGCUUCCAAAGGAGAAACAGCCCGUUGCUGGCUCAGAAGGAGCACAGUACAGGAAGAAACAGUUGGCAAAGCAGCUGCCCGCUCACGAUCAGGAUCCUUCAAAAUGCCAUGAGCUAUCUCCCAGUGAAGUGAAGCAGAUGGAGCAAUUUGUGAAGAAGUACAAGACCGAGGCGCUCGGCGUAGGAGAUGUCAAGCUUCCUGGUGAGGUGGAAACGAAAGCUACUGACAAGAAUAACAUGAAUAAUGGUGACAGAGGCACCUCGGCUGCUGUGGGAGCAGUGGAGGGCAAGCCAGCAGAUCAGAAGGCAUCUCAGUAUUUUUGCUAUCGCUGCAAGCUGAACAUGAAAGAAGGUGACCCAGCUGUCUACGCAGAGCGCGCCGGCUAUGACAAACUGUGGCACCCAGCUUGUUUCGUCUGCUGCACUUGCAGUGAACUUCUUGUAGACAUGAUCUAUUUCUGGAAGAAUGGUAACUUGUACUGUGGAAGACACUAUUGUGAUAGUGAAAAACCUCGCUGUGCUGGAUGUGAUGAGCUAAUAUUCAGCAACGAAUAUACCCAAGCGGAGGGUCAAAACUGGCAUCUGAAGCACUUCUGCUGUUUUGACUGCGAUUGUGUUUUGGCUGGGGAAAUCUAUGUGAUGGUGAAUGACAAGCCUGUCUGCAAACCAUGCUAUGUGAAGAACCAUGCUGCGAUCUGCCAAGGCUGUCAUAAUGCUAUAGAUCCAGAGGUUCAACGUGUGAGCUACAACAACUUCAACUGGCACGCCACUCAGGAGUGCUUCCUGUGUUCCUGCUGCAGCAAGUGCCUCAUUGGCCAGAAGUUCAUGCCAAUAGAAGGAAUGGUCUUUUGUUCGGUGGAAUGUAAGAAAAAGAUGAUGUCUUAAGAUAAAGAAGACCUACACAAAACCAAGCAUUGCCAUGUUCCAAAGUCUUUUGCUUUUCUACUGUAAAGUAUAUAGUACUGGGGCAUUUAAAGAUAUUGAAAGUAUUAAACUGCAUUUUUUUCCAAAGACUUUUUUUUUAAUGAGUAGGAACCAUGCUCUGUAAUCUUCCUUAGCUAUAAUAAUACUUUCUUCUUUGGGAGUUUGUUCCUGGGUCUUUAUGUAAAAUGUUUCCUAUCAUAUUAAUGUAGGAAAAAAUGUUUUAU